AUGCAAGCUUCUUCCAUUACGUCUGAGGCGGCCUAUACUGACCUCUGUAUGUCGUACGACUGGGCUUGCUACCUCAACGACCACCUCACGAUGUUGAUGCCAAAAACACGUUGGGGGAACUUCAGCGGUCCCAUCGCCGAAUUCGCCAGUGACAUCAUCAAUAAUGAGGUGAAUAUCACGUACCCUAUCGGAUGGAGAGGAUCAGAGCCCAUCUACUUCGGAGCACUGGUAGGUCGACCACACCUGGUCGAUCGUCAAGGUCAUUUCGACCACGCGAUUGCUCUUCGGCUCACGUACAACGUAAGACAGGAAAAGGUACGUGCACUGUUAUUCGAUGCAUUUGGCGAGGAAGGGGCCAUCAACUUUGUGGCAAAUUUGUCCCUCCCUGAUGCGAGCAAGCCCACAAACAUAAAGUGUUUCAGGGUGGGCAACAUCAGUUACAUUUGGAGGAAAAAAGUCGCCGCAUGGUUAACCGACAAAGCUCGACCCCCUUCAGAGCUAGUCGAGUUUGGGGUCACGCACAACGAAUCGCUACCAGAGGGUCUGCAAGAUGUAGCCGACACUUUGACGCCAAAAUUUGUCGAGCCGUCAAAAGAAUGUAAAGGCUGGAAGUCCAAGCUGAGUGGAGCAUUCAAGAAAUUGGAGACUAAGCUGGAACACCACGAAAAGCAUUCCGAGCAGACGCCACAUGAAGAGACGUUUGUGAACAAAUUGUUCCGUGAAAUCAUUGGACCGUUUCUUCUCGAACGCAGCACACAGGUAUGCGCCGUGUUGCUCUAUAUCGUUUAUAUGACACUGGCGAUUCUUGGCUGUCUGAAUGUCAAGGAAGGCCUUGAUCCGAGAUUUCUCGUUAGAGAAUCCUUCUAUCUCAACAACUUCUACCGGUUGAUUCAUGAAACAUUCUGGUAUGAAGGUCUGCAAAUGCAAGUGGUUGUAAAUCGGCCACCUGAUCUCUUCAAUACGACCCAGCGAGCCAAAUUCACGAAAAUGAUGGCUGACUUCGAGAACACUGAAUACACAAUGAAUCACAAUGCAACAAUGAUAUGGUUGGACGCGUAUGAGCUGCAUUUGGAAAGAGAGAAGAACGAGCUGAAUAUCGAAAAGCCAUUCAAGUCACUCCUCCGAGUGGUACCAUCGAUGUCGCGAUUGGCUAUUGGUGGCCGGUGGCCGGCGACUCUGGGAGAGAAGGACAUGGUAUGGGGACGAAGUGAAGAGGAUUUCUACACUCUGAAAGCAUUCCGAUUUCAACUUGGUUUGAGAAACUACCAGACGCCGACGGAUCACACUAACAGCUGCAAACUUAUGCGCGAAAUCGCUUCCAGGUAUCCCGAUUUCAACGUCACCACAUUCCAUGAAUACUAUCCGUUCGCCGAUCAGUAUCUCGAGUUGAAGCCAUCGCUGGUGCAGAACUUCACAUUUGGCCUGCUGGCAAUGUUUGCUGUGACGGUGAUAAUGAUACCGGACGCCAGAGCCGCCUUAGCCGUGGUCCUCUGCAUUGCAAGCGUAAACAUAGGAGUGCUAGGAUUCAUGACAUUUUGGGGAGUGAAUCUCGACAGCGUCUCUAUGAUUACGCUAAUUAUGUGCAUUGGGUUUGCUGUGGACUUGUCUGCUCACAUCGCCUACGCCUAUUCACAGGCUUAUGGGACUGCACACGAGCGGGCGGUGUAUGCUUUGGAGACCCUUGGCUGGCCAGUCUUUUUGGUUAGUCACUUGUCUUCACUGUUACAAAGGUGCCACAUCUACGAUCCUAGGGAUUACAGUACUGACGUUGGUCGACGCUUACAUCGUACUUAUCUUUUUCAAGACGGUGUUCUUAGUUAUCUUAUUUUCAAUGCUUCAUGGGCUGCUCUUUCUCCCAGUGCUGCUCAUCUUGCUCAUUCCAGAAAACAGGGUAGGUUUCUUAGUACAGCUUUGGUGAGAAGAGAACCAGUCAAAGCCGACUUCCACACACCUAGAGCUGUUUUCACAUGCGACAGCCCGCAAAUUCCAAUGAAGAUAUCACCCAGCAGCGCCUGCGUCAAGGCAAGCUCAUCUGCCCUUAUCGCAGACAACGAGCCAAGCGAGCCGGUGAACGAAUCUUCCGCAGCAGUGGAACCGUCCGAUGAAGAUGUCGUCAAGGCUACUGUGGACCGGCUGACAGGGAAAAUUGUCACUCCCGAUGAUGCCUCUGCGCGAUAG